AUGAGAAAUCACACAAUAAUAACAACAUUCAUCCUACUGGGACUUACCGAUGACCCACACCUGCAACUUCUAGUUUUUAUCUUUUUAUUUCUCACAUAUAUUAUGAGUGUUGCUGGCAACUUAACCAUCAUUAGUCUUACUUUAAUAGAUUCACAUCUUAAAACACCUAUGUAUUUUUUCCUUCGAAACUUCUCCUUCUUAGAAAUUUCAUUCACAACAGUCUGUAUUCCCAGAUUCCUAUACAGUAUAUCGACUGGAGAUAAUACUAUUACUUACAAUGCUUGUGCAUGUCAAAUAUUUUUUAUUGGACUCUUUGGAGCAACAGAAUUUUUUCUUCUGGCUGCUAUGUCUUAUGACCGCUAUGUGGCCAUCUGCAAGCCUCUUCAUUACAUGACUAUCAUGAACAAUAGAGUGUGCACCACCCUUGUCCUCUGCUGCUGGGUUUCUGGAUUGGUGAUAAUCAUCACACCACUUGGUAUGGGCCUUGAGCUGGAAUUCUGUGACUCCAAUGUCAUUGAUCAUUUUGGGUGUGAUGCAUCUCCCCUUUUUAAGAUUUCAUGUUCAGAUACAUGGUUCAUAGAACAGAUAGUUAUAAUUUGUGCAGUUUUGACAUUUAUUAUCACACUCAUAGGUGUGGUUCUUUCUUACAUAUAUAUUAUCAAAACAAUUAUAAAAUUUCCUUCUGCUCAACAAAGGAAAAAAGCUUUUUCCACUUGUUCUUCUCAUAUGAUUGUUGUUUCUAUCACUUAUGGUAGUUGUAUUUUCAUCUAUAUUAAACCUUCAGCCAAAGAGGAGGUGGGCAUUAAUAAAGGAGUAUCUGUGCUCACUACAUCUGUUGCUCCAUUGUUGAAUCCCUUCAUUUACACCUUGAGAAAUAAGCAAGUAAAGCAAGCUUUCAAUGACACAAUUAAAAAAAUUGCAUUUAUCUCAAACAAAUGA